AUGCGGCGUGCGCACUGCUGCUCCGCUGCUACUCUGUGUAGGCGUGUAGGCGCACCUUUGUCGCCUUCUUGCCACACAGCAACGUCGACAGAGAGCGAAGCGGGAGGGACGGCGCCUAAUCUCCGACAAAGACCCAUUGGCAGAUCCGGCCGGGGGGCUUCCCUGCCAGCUUCUAGGCACUCUUGGACCCUGGCAAGAACGCCUACACUGCGAUCGAAGAAGAAAAUUAUAGUCGCCAUGGCUAACACCGAAGGAGGGGGCAGCUCCCUGGACACACUCAUUGUCGCGUUGAACCAGGCUUGCGAUGGCCAAGAGAAACGUUGGUAUGUGUCUACGCUGGAGCUGCAGCUUGUUUCGCUGGAGCUUUGCGGGGCGUGCAGAAGUGCCCAACUGUUGCACGUAUUCGUCAGGGAAGACACACCUCCUACCUUGUGGUCUUCUCGCACAUCGCGCACCACACCCAGCCAGCGCAGUCCAGAGGUUUGCACCUCGAAUCGCGUGCCGGCUGUGCAGGCUUUGUGUUGGACGUGGGCGCUUCCGAUGGACCGCUUGCCGCAGAGGGCUGCAGCUGAGCCGCAACCAGUGACAGAACGUCGGCUGCAAGAUGGCCAUUCAUUCGCAGCAAGCGUAGAGUCGGUGGUUUGGCCUGAAAGCCUCAAACGGCUGGUAUUCUCUCGGCGCAUGCCGGGAAAAGCGGUGUGGUGGUCUACCAUAACCUGA